AUCAAGCCAGUUACUCACAGUAGAAUCACUGUGUCAGCACGGUUUCGAAAACAGCUCCAGGAGCCCUACACUAUUUUCCUGAUUGCUAACGGAGACCUCAUUAGCCCUGCAGCACGCCUCCUCAUUCCCAGGAACACAUUGAAUCACUGGGAUCAUGUUCUCGAAAUGGUUACAGGAAAAGUUACCCUCAGAAGUGGAGCUGUUCACAGACUUUACACUUUAGAUGGAAAGCUUAUUCAGAAUGGGUCAGACUUGCAGAACGGGCAGAUGUAUGUUGCAGUGGGUAGAGAAAAGUUUAAGAAGUUGCCAUAUGGUGAUGUUCUGUUUAGCAAAUCUACAAUGAGAAGGCCACAGGGUUCCAAAGCCUCUGGGCUACCUCCGAUUGUGGGAUCUCGAAAGUCUAAAGGCAGUGGAAAUGAUCGGCGAUCUAAAUCUAUCAAUGGAUCCAGUGACCCUGGAGAAAGCAGUUCCUCACCUCAGCUUCCCAAAGGGAAAGACAAAAAAAGCCAGAAUCCAGAGGACUCUGUGUCCAGACGAUACUUUUCUAACAACUCUACAAAAAUAAAACAGAGAGUAACAGCUUCCACAGGAGUCCUUCAAGAUGAUGGUCAGUCUUGGCAGAGCCCGAGAAGAGCGGAAAAAAAAUGGGGGGCAGCCGAAGUGCAGGAAGAUGAAGAUACUCGUGUAGAAGUUCCGCUAGACCAGAGGCCAGCAGAAACUGUAGAUGAAGAAGAAAAUGCAGAAGAGGAAGAUGACAGGGGAGAUGAAGCAUAUAAAGGAGAGGGAGAAUAUCCAGAAGUGAAUGGAGAGGAGAAAGAGGAAACCGUUAAAGAAAGAAGGGAAGUGGAAGGAAACAAGAAGAAAUUAAAUGGGAAUUAUGAAGGUGGAGCAGAAGAAACAGAGAAUGUUGACCAAGCAGAGGAAAAGGAACUUAUCCAUUUACACAGAAAAAAAAAUGAAGAAAAUGGUGAGGGAAUGGAGCACUUGAACUACCAAGGUGAUGUUGAGCCUGAAGAAGAAAUAAAAGAAGAGGAUUCUGACAGUCAGAAACAGGUUGAUUCCUGUCUUGGAAAAACAUCCACAAAUCCAAGGGUAACAAUCACCAGCCCACAGGAGAGUGAGAAAAAUGAUCAGAGCAGUGACUAUGCUGCAAUUGUAUAG